UCCAUUCAGUGUAUAAACAGAAGUUUGUUGUGCGGUUGUGUGUGACAAAAUAUUAUGAAAUCUAACGAGGAUGCCAUUACUCUAGACGCCGCGUUGGAAAGAACUGGUAACGGCCUCUAUAACAUCCUGCUGGUGGCGACAUGUGGACUCAUUCUGCUGGGAAUUGGAGUCGACAUGUUUGGGUUCAGCUUAGUCGUGGCUGCCGCCUGUGAUCUUAAUCUAAAUGUGACACAAAAGGGUAUACUGACGUCACUGCCUCUGAUUGGUAUUUUGCUGGUAUCAUACCCCUGGGGCUACAUUUCUGACACUAAAGGCAGACGAUAUUCAUUAAUCAUAUCAGUACUUGUUGGCUCUUUACUGUCAUCACUGUCGAGUCUUGCGAGCAACUGGAUCGUUCUUGGGUUGAUAAAGUUCCUAUCUGUGUGUUUUUCUUGUGCUGCACACUCUGCAUCGUACACUUUGUUGGGAGAGUCUUGUGUUCAGAGAGUCAGAAGCAAAUAUAUGUUGAUAAUAACCUGUCUCAUCAUACUGUCCCCAGCAGUAGCGGCCGUGCUUACGUACCCCACGCUGCUUCUAAACUUCAAAAUUGACAUUCCGUUCCUGAGUCUCACAUUUACACCAUGGAGACUGUUAAUCAUAGUGCUGGCAUUACCAGCUGGAUUAGGCGGUAUUGCUAUAUGCUUCUUUUGUGAAUCUCCCAAGUUCCUGGCAAACUAUGGGAGAGAGGAUGAAGCUUUAGAAGUAUUGAACACUAUUCACAGAAUCAACCACCGAGGAUCGAAAGAACCACUACAGAUACCGUCGCUGGUACUUGAGGGUUCAGGAGAUGGGAAGCAUAAGACUCUAUGGCAGUCGCUGCACGAACAGACUGCGCCAUUGUUUCGACCGCCUAUGCUGUGGAGGACACUGCAGCUCUACUUUAUUGUUUUCGUAGUCUAUAUCACUAAUAAUAGUUUCCUGAUUUGGUUGCCAUAUGUGUUGAACUUAGUUCGUCUGAGCCUUUCAACAUCUGAUGAAUAUGACAGUUUCUGCCAUCUGAUAUCUUUGAAAGAUGACAUCACUAAUGGAACCACUUCCAAUAAUGCUACAGAUACUCUUUGUGUGGGCAAAGUCGAAGACAAUGUGAUCAUUACAUUAAUAAUAUCUCAGCUCAUAUUUUCUUUCCUUACCAUCGUUAUUUCAUACCUGAUGAAGUGGAGACGGAUUGUACUCCUGACGAUCCUCUUGAUCUCUGCAUUGAGUGGACUCUUGAUUAACCUGAUGCCGGAACCAAUAUCAAGUGUUGUGGUAUUUAUGAUGUUUACGUGUACGAACCUUGGGAUGGGCAUUUUGGCAUCGUAUUUUGUGGACUUGUACCCUACUUCCUACAGAGGAAUGGUGACGUGUCUCAGUAUUAUGGUGGGCAGGACCAGCACCUUCAUCGGUAUCAAUACGGUCGGGAACUUACUCUUCAGUCACUGCGAGAACACUUUCUACAUGUGGUCUUUACUCGUUUUUAGUAGCAUUUUAGCGGCCUGGUUCCUGCCCCCAGAUAAAACUAAGCAAAUUCCAGGAUAGAUAAUAAUCAAUCUGUCAACAGUAAGGGGGUUUGGAUUUGACCCAGUUAAAUAAACAGGGCAAGUUAAAUAAAACCGUUUGAAAACCAGCGUUUUGUGUUCCAGUUUGAAGAAUGAGUUGUGAUCGGGAACUUAUUGCAGUAUGCUACGCCUUAGAUGAUACUCGACUAAUUAUAUUGUUACUGUUGCGGCAGAUGAGACAAAGUAGUACCUAUUUUCAUGUUACUAACUUGGCUAUAUUGAAAUUUUCAUUUCUGUCGAGGAUCUUCAGACAACCUCAACGUAUCGUAACACAGAACCUACAACACAAUUUACAAUUUUUGUCUUAUCUUGUCUUUUAGACAAGUUUCCAAUAUUGUUUAAUAUUAGAAUAAAUAUAACAGAUUAAAUAGUGAAAAAAAUCCUACAAUGUAUCACCAGCGAUAUAACAAUCUGUAAUAUGUAUAAUUAAUAGUGAAUUUGUAAUUUAAGUAGUCUAACUCGUACCAUAACACAGUAUUAUUUAUUAUUAUAUUGAACUAGCUGACCCGACAGACGUUAUUUUGUACAUAAUAAAAAAAUACUGUUUUUCUAUGAAUUUGUCAAUAAUAUUUUAUAACAUCAAUAAUUAUUUUGUAAAAUAUGC